UGAGCUGCUAAUCCGUCGCUAACGAAGAAACUGUCUGGUGGAGGCGGACCGAAAUAAACAAGCUUGUUGGAAACCUUGAGCACCAACCAUGUCACAGCUGAGUGGGAAAGUCCAGACCGUCCUGGGUCUAGUUGAUCCGGACCAACUUGGCCGCACUAUGACCCAUGAGCACCUGACCAUGAGCUUCGAGUGCUGCUACUUCCCUCCUCCUCCAGGCGAUGAAGCAGUGGCAGAGAACCCCUUCCACAUGCAGCACAUGCACUGGCUGAGACAGAACCCGUACAGUUCUCACGAGAACCUGCUGCUGCUGCAGGAGACCAACGCGGUGAGGGACGAGCUGCUGGUCUACAGGAAGGCCGGCGGGGGCACCAUAGUGGAGAACACCACCACCGGCAUCGACCGAGACCUGCCCACCCUCCGGCAGCUGGCGAAGGAGACCGGGGUCCACAUUGUCGCAGGAGCCGGGUACUACGUGGACUGCACCCACACCGAGGCCACAAAGAGGAUGAGUGUGGAGAAGCUCACAGAUAUCAUUGUCAGCGAGGUGCUUCAGGGCGCUGACGGCACCGACAUCCGCUGCGGCGUGAUCGGAGAGAUCGGAACCGGCUGGCCAAUCACAGAGAGCGAGACGAAGGUGCUGAAGGCGACCGCUCACGCUCAGGCCCAGCUCGGCUGCCCUGUCAUCAUCCAUCCCGGCAGGAACCCCGCCGCUCCAGCUGAAGUUGUCCGGAUCCUUCAGGAGGCUGGCGGGGACAUUAGCAGAACUGUCAUGUCACAUCUGGACAGGACCAUAUUUGAUGAGGGGGAACUGCUGGAGUUUGCAAAGCUGGGCAGUUAUCUGGAGUACGAUCUGUUUGGAACAGAGAUGCUAAACUACCCGUACAACCUGGAGUUGGACAUGCCCAGUGACAGCCAGAGAGUGCAGACCUUGGCGUUCCUUGUGAAGGAGGGCUACGAGGACAAGAUAUUGGUGGCACACGACAUCCACACCAAGAACCGUCUCACCAAAUAUGGCGGCCACGGCUACUCUCACAUCCUGAAAAACAUCGUGCCAAAGAUGCUGACGAGGGGCAUCUCCCAGCACCAGGUGGAUAAGAUCCUCAUCGACAACCCAAAAUGCUGGUUGACCUUUAAAUAAAGCAACAACGCUAAAACUGAAGGACCGGUAGACAUUGUUCUGCUAUGUCAUUUUAUUUGAUGAAGAAGACAAACACCCUACAGUUACAGCUUUGCGAUUUUAGCAAUAAUCACUGUCGCAGAGGGGUCUUCAAUGUGCUUCACAGCCUCGAUUUUUUUUGUGUGUAAAUUUGUCUUUAUGAUCGUUGAUUGUAAUUUUGCAGCAAAGCUGAAUGUUAUGUUUCUGUCUUUUCAAUGGGAAAUGAUCACGAGCUGCUGUUUCAUCCAACUGAAAGAGUUUUGAAAGAGGCGUUAUUAAUCAAAACUUGAUUUACAUUUGUAAUAAUACAUGAUUAACUUUGUAAGCUUAUUAUGUGAAAGCGCUUUGCAGGAUCACGGUGCCUCUCGUACUUAACCUUGUCCCACACGUCACAACAAAAAAAAAGCUUUUUAGUCGGCAGGAAGGUAAAUUCAAUCUAAGACAAAUAUUUCCCUCUCUGGUGCUUAAAAACGUGGUGCUAAAUGAAUUUGUCAACUUCAAUGUCAACGCCGCUGCUGCUUUCUUUGAAUUUCUAAGCGACGUCUCCGCUAACACACUUUCUGGGGAUGAAAGCAACAAGCGUGUUGGUAAUCAGUAUGCUGCUCUGCUCUCGACACGAUGCGGCUGUGUUAGAUGAGUUGUCCUGUUGCCCCUCAGUGGGUGUCUGGGUGUCUCUGGGAGGCUGAGUGGCUGGCAGGCCCCAGAUGAAGGACAUGUUCUCCUCUCAUCUGGGAACAGGUGGCCUCACAGGGUGACUCCUCACCACAGGAUCAGGAUCAUCCGCAGUACCCCAACAACUGUAUAACUUUGAUUAAGCUUUAGAGAGAAUUGACAAAGUGAGGCAGAGGACUGGAGUUUUACACAUUAUUUUAACACGGUCUUAUACAGAGGGGCUUCACAAUCAGCAGGCAGAUAUACAGUAUGACUAACCCCGAGACCGCCCUGGUGCCCAAACCAUGCAGCUGUCAUAUAUGGAGACAAGAAAAUGAGUUUCAGUGAUUUUCUUCAGACAAAAAAAAAACAUCAGAAUGGCCCUAAACAGUAUCUUAUAAAGUUUUUAAAUGUCACUUUUAUAAUCAUGCAUCAAUACCGCUUUUACAUGUCACUCAAAAAAUGUGACCACUCUUAAAUAUGUUAAAAAAUAAAGCACGCAUGGACUA